GCUCUCGUUUCUUCUUCCACAAUGCACACUCGCUCUUCCUUGCUAUUGCCGCUGGCAUGGUCGGCCUCGUUCCUGAUAGGAGCAAAUGCACAGACGUGUAAUUCCUACGGUAUCGACUUUGUCAACAAUGGAGUUUACUUCAUUAACGCAGCCUCAAACCAGUCCUUUACGUCUGUCACAGAGUUUCAAGGAUGCGACAGCGACACUGCAAAUGUCGAACUUGUCAACUGGGACACAGGAGACGAAUACAUCUGCUCAGACAUUCCUCUACAACCCGACUUGACCCCAGAGACAUCCACCUGUAACAUUGAGAAAGACCAAAUGGUCUCGGGCACUUGGGGACUGAUCCUCAUCUCCAACAAUGGUGAAGGCGAUCCUCUGGCAGCCCAAAGGACUUUCUCGUUGAACGUUGGCACACAAGCAACUUCUACUGUGAGUUUCGUCUGCAACGUUCUGAUGGAUCAGGGACUUAUUAGAAGCACAGAUUACACCGACUAUGACCUUCAAUAUGACGACUACACCAACGGUUACAUCGCGUACCACUUCUUGGGUCAUGAACACUACAACGGUCAACAACUCUCUGNNACUAUUACCCAGCCUGCAGCCACACGCUGGGUGACAAUCACUCCCGACCCUGUAGUAGUCACAAAGACAGUCAACUUGACCCGCACCCUAAAGACCUGGANNCACGCACUGCAGUUGUGUGGACCAAGACCGCCAGCUGCACACCCUCCCCGCCCUCAACAGCCCGAUCCGCCAUGCACCCGUUGGCCACGCCUGAUCCGUGUACCCUCAGGUGUGCACAUUGCCAGAGAUGUACCAGAGGACUAUGCCAGCAUCAAGAAGCGACUGGCAGAUAUUAGAGCUAGAAGAGCUGCCGAGAUUGAUGCAAGAAACUUGGCAAAGAGAACUGCUGAUGCGGCUACGAUUACCGUUACUGGCAGCGUGACUGCAAACUGGACUAACACCUUCACUGCCGCCCCGACAACAGUGAUGAACAUUGUCUUGAGCAGUUCGACAAUCACCACCACACUUCCACCAGCUACCAUCAAGACCGGCUACGCAUCGGCAUACCUCACUCUCCCUCCUGUCACAAAGACUGCCUUUACAGUCAACACAGCCUACUCAUGGCAAACCAGGACCAUGACGGCCACAUUCGUCAAGACAACAACCGUAACACCCACAGGUGUCAUGACCGCCUGCAAGAGCAGAGGUGGACACUUUGGAAAUGGCUGGUAG